AUGGUCAAGACAGAUCCCUCCGUGCAGGAGACAUACUACCACGGUGAUCUUUCCGGCCAGACAGAGGACCAUAAGUGGCAGCCCUUGCGCUUCUUCGCCCCACUGAGCGCCGAUAGGACGCCUACGGGUGUCUCCCAGGCUGUGUUCUCCAGUAGCCUGACGGCGGCACACAUUGGAGGCGUACCAAGGCCGUUUGCCGCCGGAAGGCAUGCCAAUUGGCUCGGUAGGCUUGUGCCGACUACGUAUGACAGCCCCCUGAGCAGCGCGCCGAGAUCGGCUGGCCUGGGUGGCGAGCUCACCAUUCUGCUCGCCCUGAUGACUUUCACCGCGCCUGUGGAGAUGACCUGCACCUCACGAGCGCAUACAGUAUUCCUAGGGCAUAAUGCGCGGUGGAGAUACGGUAAAUGGCUGCAUAACGACAAGCCAGGCGGUUGGACACGAUCCGUUGAAGAACGCCCGAGAGGGGUGCUUGUGACAGUGUCUCUUGACCCGUGGAAUCCACAGGGCUCGACGAGGGAGAAGCUGUCCAACUUUGAAUUCUUUGACAGUCCGGCUAUACGCGAGGAUUAG